GCGGAAGCGCUUCCGCCCCCAUCCAAGAUGGCCGCCGGGCGGGCCUCCGGGCGGAAGUGACCCGUCGGCCGACUGACCCGUCUAUCAUGGCGGCCGCGGCCACCUCUCCCGCGCUGAAGCGGCUGGAUCUGCGCGACCCCGCGGCGCUCUUCGAGACACAUGGAGCGGAGGAGAUCCGCGGGCUGGAGCGCCAGGUUCGGGCCGAGAUCGAGCACAAGAAAGAGGAGCUGCGGCAAAUGGUGGGAGAGCGGUACCGCGACCUGAUCGAGGCGGCCGACACCAUCGGCCAGAUGCGCCGCUGCGCCGAGGGACUGGUGGACGCCGUGAAGGCCACCGACCAGUACUGCGCCCGUCUCCGCGAAGCCGGCUCGGCCGCCCCCCUGCCGCCGCGGGACCCGCAGCCCCAGCAGCCAUCCCAGGAGAAGUUCUACAGCAUGGCUGCCCAGAUCAAGCUACUCUUGGAAAUCCCUGAGAAGAUCUGGAGCUCCAUGGAGGCCUCUCAGUACCUCCAUGCCACACAGCUGUACCUGCUCUGCUGCCACCUCCACAGUCUGCUCCAGCUGGAUUCUUCUGGCUCCCGAUACAGCCCCGUCCUCUUGCGAUUCCCGAUACUCAUCCGGCAGGUCGCAGCGGCCAGCCACUUCCGGUCAACUAUUCUGCACGAAAGCAAGCUGCUGCUCAAAUGCCAAGCCGUGUCUGACCAGGCUGUAGCCGAGGCCCUGUGCUCGAUAAUGCUCUUAGAAGAGAGUUCUCCUCGCCAGGCCCUAGCAGACUUCCUGUUGGCCAGAAAGGCAGCUAUUCAGAAACUCCUCAACCAGCCGCACCACAGUACUGGCAUCAAGACUCAGGUCUGCUCGUUAGUGGAGCUGCUGGCCACCACUUUGAACCAGGCUCAUGCUCUUUUCUACACUUUACCAGAAGGCCAGCUGCCAGAUCCGUCCCUGCCAUGCGGCUUGCUCUUCUCAACUCUAGAGACCAUCACGGGCCAGCAUCCGACCGGGAAGGGCGCCGGUGUUCUGCAAGAGGAGGUGAAACUGUGCAGCUGGUCCAGACACCUGCCGGCAUCUGUCGUCCAGUUCCAGCCGGCUCUCCGAACCUUGGCACAGCCCAUCAGCCAGGAGUACCUGAAAGACACGCUGCGGAAAUGGAUCCACAUGUGUAAUGAAGACAUUAAAAAUGGGAUCACCGACCUGCUUUUUUACGUGAAGAGCAUAAGAGGGCUCGCAGGGAUCCGGGAUGCCAUGUGGGAAUUACUUACCAACGAGUCCACCAACCACAGCUGGGACGUGAUAUGUCAGCGGCUUCUGGAGAAGCCACUCCUGUUCUGGGAGGAUUUGAUGCGGCAGCUGUUCCUUGACCGGUUACAGACCCUGACAAGAGAAGGCUUUGACUCCAUCUCUGCCGGCUGCAAGGAGCUCCUCAUUUCCGCCCUGCAGGAGCUCGAGAGCAGCACCAGCAGCUCCACUCCGAGUAAGCACAUCCACUUGGAGCAUAACAUGUCUCUCUUCCUCUGGUCCGAGAGUCCCCAGGACCUGCCUCCCGAUGCUGCCUGGGUCAGCGUGGCGCACCGGGGGCCGCGUGCCGGCAGCGGGCUCUCCAUGAAGGCGCAGGCGGUUAGCCCCUGCGUCCAGGACUUCUGCUCUGCCCUGGAUGCUAAACUGCAGGUUCAGCUGGACGACCUCCUGGCCUACCUUCCCUCUGCGGACUCGUCACCGCCCAAGGACGUCUCCCCCGUGCAAGCCAAGAGCUGUGCCUUUGACAGGUACGCGGAUGCCGGCACCGUGCUGGAGCUGCUGCAGGCUCAGUCCGUGGCGUGCAUCGAGCGCGUCACGGCCUGCAUCCGGGCAGAGCUGCACGGCACGGAGCAGGUGGUGCAGGGGCAGCGGGAUGCCCUCGACAGUGUCCAGCUGCACGCGGUCCUUUUCAUGGCCAGACUCUGCCAGUCGCUGGGAGAGCUGUGUCCCCAUCUGAAGCAGUGCGUCUUGGGAAAGUCCAGGAACUCUGAGAAACCAGCAAGGGACCCUAAGGCUCUGAAAAAGCAGGGAAAGGGGACCACUCGGGAAGUACUUCCUUCGCAGGCCAAGUGGCAGGAAGUCAAGGAGCUCCUCCUGCAGCAGAGCGUGAUGGGUUACCGCGUGUGGAGCUCGGCGGUUGUGAAGGUUUUGGCUCACGGAUUCACCCAGUCGUUACUUCUAGACGAUGCCGGCUCCAUCCUGGCCACAGCCACCAGCUGGGAUGAACUAGAAAUCCAGGAGGAAGCGGAGUCUGGCAGCUGCAUCAUGUCCACAAUCCGACUCCCUACACAGCCAUCCUGGUAUGUCCAGUCCUUCCUGUUUAGCCUCUGCCAGGAAAUUAACCGGGUUGGAGGCCAUGCUUUGCCAAAAGUGACCCUGCAGGAGAUGCUGAAAAGCUGUAUGGUCCAGGUGGUGGCUGCCUAUGAGAAACUUUCAGAAGAAAAACAGGUGAAGAAAGAAGGUGCGUUCCCCAUGACCCAGAAUCGGGCCCUGCAGCUGCUUUAUGAUCUGCGCUAUCUCAGCAUCAUUCUGACAGCCAGGGGUGAGGAGGUGAAGAGUGGCCGCAGCAAGCAGGACUCCAGAAUUGAGAAAGUGGCCGACUCCCUGGAAACACUCAUUGACCCGUUUGACCUGGAUGUCUUCACACCACACCUCAACAGCAACCUCACGCGGCUGGCUCAGCGAACCUCUGUUCUGUUUGGAUUGGUCACUGGUACAGAGAAUCAGUUCACGCCCAGGAGCAACACGUUCAACUCCCAAGAACCCCAUAACAUACUGCCUCUGGCAUCGAGUCAGAUCAGGUUCGGACUUCUUCCACUGAGCAUGACAAGUACCCGAAAGGCCAAAUCAACCAGCAGAAGCAUCGAAACAAAAACCCAGGUUGGCCCCCCGGCACUCUCCCGAGCAGGUGACCCGACGCACCCUGGCUCCUUGUUCAGACAGCUGGUCAGUGAGGAAGAAGACGCGUCUACGCCUUCGUUAUUCAAGCUAGGUUGGCUCUCUAGUAUGACUAAAUAACAUGGGAACAUAGCCAUCCCUCUCUAAAUAAAUACUACAUCACUUCUUCUAACGGUGCCUCUGCUCAUUUAUUUCUAAGCCACACCAGUCUUUCCAGUUUCAGCGGUGGAAUGUGGCCCCCGAAUUACUGUUGGGGGUUUGCGCUUUAAGCAUAAAGUGAAUCCUUGUCCGACAGUUUCACGAUACUUGUGACUUCAGACAGCAGUUCAGAGAGCCUACACUUGGUCAGCGUUCAGCAGCGCCUGAAUCCUUGACCCCCAAGGCGGACUCCCAGUGAGAUCACAGAAGCUGCUGGCAGAACAAGUCUAUUUGGAAACCAAUCUGAACUGGACAAACUAUGGAUUCAACACGCAGAUGAGAUUUCCUCAUACCGUUACCUCGACAUGGAUGUGAUACCCACCCUCAAAAGAAUCCUAUAAAAAAUUGCUUCGAAGCCCCUUUGAAAUUGCAAUAGUGCAGCAAAACCACAAGUAAACAACUGCCUGUUAACCCGCUCUUUCAAAUAUAGACUGAAAAGCCAACAGGCAUAUUUUUGUGCAAUUUUUUAAAACAUCGUAAGUUGAAAUAUCAAAUCUGCACAGCGCUGUCCCUUCACAGAAGGCAAGAAACCGCCGGCACAUCAUGUCGGAGGCCGUCCCCGGUGCUGUAGGCUGUGGAAGUGGGCCUCCUUCAGGGUCUGGUUGAUGCGGAAGUAAGGGCCUUGGCACAGUGCAGAUUGCUCAGGAACAGGCUGAGGGGUGUUAGGGCCGGACCCGGCGCCCACGUGGUUCAAGCUGCUCUCCGGCCCGCUUGCCCUGUCCGGGCUGUUGAUGCUGCUGCUGCUGCUGCCGCCGCUAUCGCUGCUCGAAGACUGGGAGGAAAAAGAAACGGGAGCUCCGUUAGGCUGUUUUGUUUCUUCGGAACUUCACCGUGGUUUCAUUCCCAACACCCUAUUUGAGAGUAUCCUUGCCAUCUGCUUUGAGGAGCGCCAGCAUCAAAACAGACCGCGGGCUUUAGAGCUUCACAAAGCACAGUCACCUAGGAGACUUCGUUCUAUCCUCACGACCACCACGGGAGGCUGAGUGGGGCCAAGAUCCCCAUCACAUUCCCAGAAGCGGCAGGGUCCAG